AUGACUGCGACAGUAGAUCCCUCAAAUCCCUAUUACAACUACUAUUCCCCUUCCAUUGCAGCAGCGCUCGUCGUCGCGGCUCUAUUCGUCAUUGGCGCCGUGAUCCAGAUAUGGAGAAUCAUAGCCACCCGGCAAUGGUUUGGUCUCGUGAUUCUUGUCGCAGCAGGAUUUGAGUUCGUCGGCUUGCUUGCGCGUGCGUAUUCCACCAAACAUCUUGACAAGAAAACACCCUAUGAAAUCCAGACUAUCUUGAUUCUCCUGGCUCCUAUCCUGUUCGCAGCCUCAGUCUACAUGUUCCUGGGCCGUCUGAUCCGUAGGUCCGGUCGCCCAGAGCUCUCUUUCAUUCGCAUCGGCUGGGUGACGCCCAUCUUCGUCACCGGCGAUAUCUUCUGCUUUUUUGUCCAGGCUGUAGGGGUCGUCGUCCUCCUCCAAGCCAAAACCCAGUCCAAGCUGAACCUGGCGAAGGGAAUCAUCCUCGCUGGCCUGGGCCUCCAGGUGUUCUUCUUCGCCAUCUUCGCCCUUGUGGCUAUUGUUUUCCACCGUCGAUACAAUGCUCGCGGGGUCGCCAAGCUUAUCGACCCAACGGUCAACUUGACCAAGCGACUAUGGAACAUCUAUCUCUGCAGCUUGUUGAUCACGGUGCGGAACGUUUACCGCCUGAUUGAAUACGCCACUGGCACCAACGCAUACCUUUCAAGACACGAAUGGCCCACCUACGCCCUGGAUGUGGUACUGAUGCUGGUCAUCAUGUUUGUGUCUAACUUCUGGUAUUUCCGCAAGACCAAGGCGGCAUAUGAUACCCCUCUCAUGCCAAUGGAGGAUCCUGGCAGCCAUGACUGGACUGAAGUGCCACAACAACCAUGGCCUCCACAGCAGCAACAGCAGUGGGGCAAUGGGCUAGCCCCCUCGUACGCUUAUGGACACACGCCGCCCUACGCUCAACCUCCAGCUCCCGGUCGUUACUAG